GCGCAGCCCCUCUGUAAGGGAGAGAAGCGAGCAGCCCGGGACCCUCCCCUCUUCCAGGCGCACCGCGGUGGCAGUUAUUGGUGGCGGUUGUUGACACCGGAAGGACUCCCGCCUCACCUCACCCACCGCCCCCCACCCCCACCCCCACCCUGGGAAAGGCGAGACUCGGGAGACAGAACAAAGGCGAAGCCCGGCCGAGAAGGCGGACCGAGUAGCCUCGUUUGAUUGUCAAUCACAACGUGAGAAAAAAACAAAAACCUGAUUGCUUUGUCCUGGGAAAUAGUAACCCUGACGAAUACACCUGCUCGCAGGGGACAGAGGAGAUGUGAUGGAGCUGCUUGAAGAAGAUCUCACGUGCCCAAUUUGUUGCAGUCUGUUUGAUGAUCCGCGAGUUUUGCCUUGCUCACACAACUUUUGCAAAAAAUGCUUAGAAGGGAUCUUAGAGGGGACUGUGCGGAAUUCCUUGUGGAGAUCCUCUCCAUUCAAGUGCCCUACAUGCCGUAAGGAAACUUCAGCUACCGGAGUCAAUAGCCUGCAGGUUAAUUACUCCCUGAAGGGUAUUGUAGAAAAGUAUAACAAGAUCAAGAUCUCUCCCAAAAUGCCGGUGUGCAAAGGACACUUGGGGCAGCCUCUCAACAUUUUCUGCCUGACUGAUAUGCAACUGAUUUGUGGGAUCUGUGCUACUCGUGGUGACCACACCAAGCAUGUCUUCUGUUCUAUUGAAGAUGCCUAUGCUCAGGAAAGAGAUGCCUUUGAGUCCCUCUUCCAGAGCUUUGAGACCUGGCGUCGGGGAGAUGCUCUUUCUCGCUUGGAUACCUUGGAAACUAGCAAAAGGAAAUCUCUACAGUUACUGACUAAAGAUUCAGAUAAAGUAAAGGAGUUUUUUGAGAAGUUACAACAUACAUUAGAUCAAAAAAAGAAUGAAAUCCUGUCUGACUUUGAGACCAUGAAACUUGCAGUUAUGCAAGCCUAUGACCCCGAGAUCAACAAACUCAACACCAUUUUGCAGGAACAACGAAUGGCCUUUAACAUUGCUGAGGCUUUCAAAGACGUGUCAGAACCCAUCAUAUUUUUGCAACAGAUGCAGGAGUUCAGGGAGAAAAUAAAAGUAAUCAAGGAAACUCCUUUACCUCCCUCUAAUUUGCCCACAAGCCCUUUAAUGAAGAACUUUGAUACCAGUCAAUGGGAAGACAUAAAACUAGUAGAUGUGGAUAAACUUUCUUUGCCUCAAGACACUGGCACAUUCAUUAGCAGGAUUCCCUGGAGCUUUUAUCAGUUAUUUGUGGUAGUCAUUCUGCUUAGCUUUCUUAUUUUCUUUGGUCCCACCAUAUUCCUAGAAGGGUCUUUAUUUGAUGAAUUCACAAGUUGGAAAGACCAUCUCUCAAACUUCAGUUCCUAUCUGACUAAAUCAGCUGAUUUUGUAGAACAAUCAAUGUUUUACUGGGAACAGGUGAUGGAUGGGUUUUUCAUUUUCAGUGAAAGAUUUAAGAAUUUUACUUUGGUGGUGCUGAACAAUGUGGCAGAAUUUGUGUGCAAAUAUAAACUACUAUAAAAUCUGUUGCAAGUGUAUGGUUCUCUGUCUUUUGUUAGAAAUUUGUUAAAGAGCUGAGUGGUAGUUCAGAUUUGGUCAAGAUUUCAGUCAGAUAUCUUCCUGCAAAAGUAUUCCUUUCAAAAAUAAUGUCCUAUACGUGUUGUUCAAAUUAGGUAGCAUAAAGAUAAAUGUGAGAUUUAAUACUAAGUCCUGAACCCUCCUUCCUUUUUAAAUAGUGCUUUUGUAAUACUCCUCCUACCCCCAAUAUUGGUUGUGUUUAUGCUAUGGAAAAGAGGUGAAAGAAGAGCACAUGAUCUAAUAUUAUGUAAAUGAGGUAGUGUAACAGUGAUUGUUCAUUUAAACAUGUAAUAAAGACUACUCUUGUGAAGCAA